CGAGAAUUUAGCAGAAAUUAAGUAAAGUAUUACUACUAUUACAUUAUUAUUAUUAUCUUUCGAUAUUCCCUAUUUUUAUUUUCUUUCCUUUUCUCGAUCUGUCUGAAAGUUGAUACUGAAACGACACAAAAAUGGAGGCGACGAAAACGGCGCCGUUGAGAUUCACUCUGGGAAAGCAGUCGUCGAUGGCACCGGACCGGGACAUGGAGUCGCCGGGGAAGACGGCGCCGGAGGAGGACGACUCGGUGGAGGUGGAUCCCGGAGUGAGGCUUAUGUACUUGGCCAACGAAGGGGAUUUGGACGGAAUCAAGGAGCUCUUGGACUCUGGGAUCGACGUCAAUUUCUGCGACAUCGAUGAUCGGACGGCUCUCCAUGUCGCCGCUUGCCAGGGCCUCAACGACGUCGUCGAGCUGCUUCUAGACCGCGGCGCGAAGGUCGACACCAAGGACCGAUGGGGUAGCACUCCUCUUGCGGAUGCGAUUCAUUACAAUAAAGACGAUGUUAUCAAAACUUUGGAGAAACAUGGCGCCAAACAUCUGAUUGCUCCUAAUCCUAUGCACGUUAGACAUGCCCGUGAGAUUCCCGAGUACGAGAUUGAUCCAAAGGAGCUUGAUUUCACCAACAGUGUUGAGAUUGAUAAGGGGACCUUCCGUAUUGCGUCAUGGCGUGGAAUAGAGGUUGCUGUGAAGAAGCUCGGGGAUGGCUUGAUUUGUGACGAGGAUAAAGUGAGGGCAUUUAGAGAUGAACUUGCAUUGCUUCAGAAAAUACGGCAUCCAAAUGUAGUCCAGUUUCUGGGUGCAGUGACUCAAAGUAGUCCCAUGAUGAUUGUGACAGAAUAUUUGCCCAAGGGAGACCUUCGUGCAUUUUUGAAAAGGAAAGGGCCACUUAAAGCAACAACAGCUGUUAAAUUUGCACUCAAUGUUGCAAGGGGAAUGAGCUAUUUGCAUGAAAAUAAGCCAGAACCAAUAAUUCACCGUGAUCUUGAGCCUUCAAAUAUAUUGAGGGAUGAUUCUGGACAUCUGAAAGUAGCGGAUUUCGGAGUUAGCAAAUUGCUAACAGUUAAGGAAGAUAGGCCUCUGACUUGUCAAGAAACUUCCUGCAGAUAUAUGGCUCCAGAGGUUUUUAGAAAUGAAGAAUACGAUACCAAAGUGGAUGUAUUCUCUUUUGCUUUAAUCCUGCAAGAGAUGAUAGAAGGGUAUCCACCAUUUUCUGUUAAGCAAGAUAAUGAAGUUCAUAAAGCAUAUGCUGCCGGUGAACGACCACCUUUUAGGGCUUCUGCAAAGCAUUAUGCACACGGUCUUAAAGAGUUGAUUGUGGAGUGCUGGAACGAGAAGCCGGCUAAGAGGCCAACAUUCAGGCAAAUAAUAACUAGGCUCGAAUUCAUAUACAACCGUGUUGGUCAUAAGAGACGUUGGAAGGUUAGACCAUUGAAAUGCUUUCAGAAUCUGGAAGCCAUAUUGAGGAAAGAUCAUUCCAGUCCAAGCAGCCGCAGCCGUUCAUCGCGAUCUUCUGCCAGCGGCAUAUAGAUAGAAUUUUUUUUUUCCUUCAUUCAACGCAACAAUUAACACUAGAUUUUCCUAUUUUUUCUUUAUUCAAAAAGCAAAAAAGGAAAACGAAAACAAAAUUUCCUUUCCAGCACUGUGGCAAAAGCUUUUUUCCCAAAAUGGUAGCCAAGUUUUCUUCUGUGUAAUCCCACUGAUGGUUCAUGUUAAGAAAUAAUGCGUCCAUUUUUCCUCUGAAUUGAUUUCCGAGUCACUUGUAGCACACCCUGUUUAUGUACAUGUAAUUAUGACAAUUAUUUUCUCACAAUUAUUAUUAUUUUUUUCUUUCGCAUUAUGAGCUUAGAUUUGGGAACCUGAUCAAAGGUCCAGUGA